AACCUAUGUAAAUUGCGAAACCCCCCGAAAUAACAAACCCAACCUUCGAUUACUCUGGGCAUAAGGGCGAUGCCGUGGACUGUCACCAAUUCUUUUAAGCGUGGCCUGAUGAAAACAUACGGAAGACCGACAUGGCGCGUUUAUGACGAUGAGCGGGCCGCGAAGAAAAGACGCGUCCUGGACGAGUCCGACGAAGCAGAGACAAAUCUCCAGAAUGCGAUCCGUGAAUCAUCCGCCGCCGUCUUGUCUAGUCCAUCACGUCGUAACUCGGUCGUCCUGUCCGAAGGCACGUUGGAUGAUAUCGACGACCUCACCACGCCGCCAUCGUCGCCGCCACCGCGACUGACUCCCCCGCCAGCAAAUACUCGCAAGCCAACCUUUGCCUUUCUCAAGCGCAAGCACAAAGACGCAUCGGCUGGUUCGCCCCUGACUGAGGUCAACUCCAACAGCGUGCGCUCUUCCGCCGACCCGCCCAAGAACAAGGCGCAAAAACCACCCGCCAUGCGCCAGAUGCAGAUUGAUUUGGGGAACGAGGUGCGCAAGACCUGUGCAACCUGUGGCAUGGAAUACAUCCCCUCCAACUCCGAGGACGCCGCUCUGCACAAGAAGUUCCAUGAGAUGAACUCGACCGGUGUCGACCUCGGCAAGGCGUUCAUGCGCGCAAAUGCCUCGCGCUGGGUCUACGAAGCCACGAGGUUCGAUGAAGGCUACGUGGUCAUUGUGGACCGUAAGGCAUCACCCAGCGCCAAGAACCAAGCCAAGAGGGUGCUAGAGGUGGUCAACAAGGAGCUGUCAUCCCCGGAGAUCGAGGAUGAGCUGCUCUGGAGCCAGACGGAACCCCCGAAGGAUAAGCGGCAAGACGGUGAAGACAAAGUGGAUCGAUACCGAGUCUUCCUUCACAUGAAGGACAGCCGAUGUGUCGGGCUCUGUUUGACAGAGCGCAUCUGGGAAUCGCGACCGGUCGCACAGGAGGAACCGAACGGAAAUAACUCCUCGGUGUCGGUGCGGGACGAGCUGCAUCCAGCCAUCGUCGGCGUUUCGCGCAUCUGGACUUCUGGGGCGUCGCGACGAAAGGGAAUCGCCUUGGAUCUCCUGGAUUGCGUGGUGAGCAAUUACAUUUACGGCAUGGAAAUCCCCAAGGACCAGAUCGCAUUCAGCCAGCCUACAGAGAGCGGCAAGCGGUUGGCUCAGAAGUUUUUCGAGGAAGAUGAGACCUGGCAUGUGUAUAACGAGCGGUGA